AUGAGUACCAGCAUUCACGUAAUAACGUGCAAAUCGAUUGAGCUCGACGGCUUCGUCUCCGCCGCCGACGACGCUUGGUUCGACCAGCACACUGCACCCAUGGACGGCGAGGAAGAGACCGGGGCGCAUCCCCAUCAAGCUGCGGCUCUCAAAGCGUACCUCAAAGGAGACUCAAAGCCAUCUGAGACAGCUGCCAUCAUGACCAAGCCUCAUAACUCCGAGAAGAAGACCGAUUUGCGAGACCGUGUACUGGGCAUAAUCGAAGACGCGCUUUUUGAGUUGCCUGAAAGCCACACGCCGGCCCUCGUCGACCUGCUAAAAGAACUGAGCCAGCUACCAGAUGAGGAGGAUGGCGACCUAAUCUGGAAAGGUCUCGGGAGUUUCGGCCACUCGUGGUCAGAUAUGUGGAAGCAGAGCCACUGGCGCGAAGCGUUGGCGAUGCGAGAUCCAGCCACAAGAGCGACGAGGCGCGAGGCACAUGUGCACCAGGCUUUUGUAGAGGCAUCUUGUGCAAUGGCUGCUCUGGGACCAAAUGCUGAAGAUGGUCUCUUGCCACUGAGCUGGGGCUAUCAGUGCAUCUCCGAGGCGCUCGAAUGCCAGGAUACAGUGUGGGACUUUGAGAUACCUGCUGCCGUGGUGUGGAUUAAAGUAGCAGGGGACAGACUCAGAGAGGGUGCGAAGAAAGGUGAGAAGUCCUGGGCGUUAGAGAGAGAGGGGAGGCUUUGGAUGGCGGGACCGAUGAGCAUGGAUCGGUGGAACUUCUGGUUGAAAAGACUCGAGGAGUUUGAGAAGAUUGGCGAGGCCAUCUCAACAACGGCGAGUCUCGAGCCUAGGGUAAGGAGUAUUUGA